AUCAACAUUGUGCAUAACAAGAUAAAACCAUAACACCUCUAUCAGCUGACGCCAACAGGCAGGAGCAGGGAGACAAAACACUGAGAGCACAGCUGCCAAGGUCGCAGGUGCUCAUUGUACAAACUGAUAAACUGGGUCAAAGUUAUGGGCCUUAGAAAAUAUUUCCCCAACAAAAUGCAUUUAAUAAUGCACUGCUUUGGUGCAGUAAUAAGCAGCAGGCUUCAGUUUUGCUCCAGCAUGUAUAAUGUAAUAGCUAUGAUUCACUGAGGAUUCCUCCUGUGUGUGAGACAGAUGAAGAGAAUUCAAGCAGCACUGAUUGAUAAACCAAACCGAUCGGUGAAUGACUGUACGGUCUGCCAAGGACAGCCGUCACUGACAUGAAUGCAUUUCUUUUUUUAUACUUCCUGUAAUGUCAUAAAUUGUGUGUGUUUAUUAAAUUGUAAUGUGUCAGUAAGACUGCUGUCAGCUUUUCAUUUGAGGUUUUAGGGAACUGAGGACAAUUUAGAUGUGCAAAAUAAUAAAGAAACCUUUAACAUUAUAUUCUGGAAGAUCAGAUUUGUUAUCUUUAGCAUCACAAGCGACAAAAUGCUGCUGUACAUAUUUUAUCCUUUGCUUUUUGCAUUUCUGAAGACUACUUUUCAUAUUUUGAAAUCAGAAGGUUUUUUCAAACACCUGUAUGAUCAAACUUCUUGUUACCACCAGCAACACUUGUUUUGCCAGUUUUAUGUACGGGGAAACUGAAACCUAGCAAGAGUUUCCUCUAUAUACACACACACACACACACAGACACAGAUCUAACACUCGACAGCAGCAGACUAACAGAGGACUUUGGACAUCUUAAUUGAGGGUCAAGUGGACGCAGGAUGAUGAAGAUAUCAGGAGGAGUCACUUGGUGCUGUGUAGCUCUGCUCCUCGCCCUGACCUCUGUGUCAGCUGUACAGAGAGAGCUGAAUUCAAUCAAUGAUUUGAAGAAAAUCAACUUCGGCCAAUCUGUGCCCAAGCACAGUCUUCUGCUGCUCCACUGGUUUGCCAACGAGAUCGACAUCGACAACAACGAUAUUAUACAGCUGACCUUUGACCCAAACAGUGGAGAUUAUGGCUCACACCAUUAUGGCAACUAUGAGGAUCUGCUGGACCCACUGCCUCAAGGAAAUCAAUACCAUUACUACACGAUUGGAAAUCUCCAUCAGGAAACGUCCAAUCCACUUCCAGCGUAUGUAGCACAUCCCAGAACCGAUUAUGAAGGACAAAACAGGGACAGGAUCAUAGUUCGAGUCAGGGAGCAAAACCGAGGGCAAGCUUACCAGACGAUAGACGAAGUGUAUAUCACACAGCAUUAUGACACUUCUGAAAAUCAGGGGACACCUUAUGAUCCAGAUCAUACAUACAGCAUCACCACGAACCUCCUGAGAGAGAUCAGAGAGUUUGCUGUGGGACAAAACCAACUGUCGCAUCUCAGAAACCGCUUUGGAAGCAGCGCUGAUGAUGAACAAAUCAGAAACACAUGGGGUCACCUUGCUUGCCUUGGACUGCUGCUGUAUAUUGUGAUCCAGGAAAAGCAGUCCUCUAAGCAACAAAACAACAGCCCUGAAAACAGAAGAAAUCCUAGAAAUGAGAGACAGCACAAUGUUCCUAGAAAUGUCCAAAACCAGGGUCAUGUUGUAGUGAAUAUGGGCGAUUAUGAGGACCGUGUAGCCAGCAGGCGACCGGUAAACACAGAAUCAGACUGUUGCAACACCUAUAAAUCCUGUAUAAUCUGUUGUUUAAUUGUAUUGGGUAUAAUUAUUUAUUUUGUUGUUAUAAAAAAAUGAUACAAAAAUGUAUCUUGAGGGCUCCUGGGAAGAAAACCAAAACCCACUUUUGUAUUUAAUGGUGCGUUCACACCCGAUGCGAUUUUUGGGGGCGGCACGAUUACAUGUAAAGUCAAUGCAGCGAUGCGGACAGACGCGAAUUCGCCCCGACGGCGCAAAUGACGCGGUUGACGCAAAUGCCGCGGCGUAAUUGAGGCGAUUGAAGGGGGCCGCGAAAACCGCUCGAGUUACAUUUUUUCAACUCGAGCGUCAAAUUUGCGUGACGCGAUCUCGCGGUAGCCAAUCAGCGGUGAGGAUCUCAGCCUGCGGUCACUGACGUUGAACCAGAAAACCAAAACAUCAG